AUGGACGGUGCCGUUGAAGCAGCUACAGCUUCAUCCUCAAAGUCAAAGUCAGGCAAGGGCACAUGGCAGGCUCUCGGUGUCGACCCAAUCAUUGCCAAAGCUUUGACUCAGCGAGGCUUCAAGAUCCCCACACCCAUCCAGCGCGCCUCCAUACCACUCCUCAUCGGCUCUCCCCCUCGCGAUGUGCUCGGCAUGGCCCGGACAGGGUCCGGAAAGACCUUUGCCUACAUCAUCCCACUCCUACAGCGUUUAAUCUCGCCCGACGCCGCUACCUCGCGUGCUCUUAUCCUCAUACCCACCCGGGAACUGGCGUUGCAGGUGAUGACUGCCGGGAAAGAUCUGAGUCGAGGCGUCAAGCGCAGAGGAGAAGCGGCUGGGAAGCCUCUCCGUUGGGGUCUUGUGAUGGGAGGGGACGCUUUGGACAAGCAAUUCGAGUUGAUGGAGAGCAAGCCAGACAUUCUCAUCACCACCCCUGGUCGAUUACUCCAUCUUCUGGUCGAGAUGAAUGCGGAUCUGAGAGACGUGGGAACUGUAGUCUAUGAUGAGGCAGAUAGACUAUUCGAGAUGGGAUUCCAGGUCCAGCUCCACGAGAUCUUGUCUCGCCUACCCACAUCCCGUCAGAGCAUGCUCUUCUCCGCAACUCUCCCAACCUCCGUCGCCGAAUUCGCUCGAGCCGGUCUCUCCAAUCCGGCCAUGGUCAGGCUGGAUGCAGAGUACCGCAUCAAUCCCGACCUGACGACGUACAUGCUACGGGUCAAUGAAUCGGAGAAGGACGCCUCGCUCCUCAGCCUCCUUGCAACCUCCAUCAAGGUCCCAUUCGGUAUCCCAUGCGAGGGUCAGCCCCAAGCUAUCGUCUUUGUUGCCACCAAGCAUCACGUCGAGUACGUCGCAGCUCUCCUCGAAGCCGCGCAGUACCAGGUCGCCUACGUCUACGGGAAUCUCGACCAGACAGCUCGGCAGAGUCAAUUGCGGGACUUUCGGGAUCGCAGAUCCAGCAUACUCGUCGUCACCGACGUCGCUGCUCGGGGUCUCGACGUUCCUAUGGUUGACCAUGUCAUCAACUAUGACUUCCCGGCCAACUCUCGCGUCUUUGUACAUCGUACGGGGAGGACAGCGCGGGGAGGUAGGCAGGGGACGUCCUGGUCGCUCGUCGAGAAGGGGGAUCUCCCCUACUAUUGCGAUCUCAACGCUUUCCUGCGCACGGCCGACCAGGAAACUGUCCUUCACGCCAUGUCGAGACAGCAAGUGGCGGAUAUGGCGGAGCACAUCGCCUCGUCCCUCGAUCACACAUCGGGCUUGACGGAUCUGCGCGCGGUCAUGCUCCGAGGGGAAGCCAUGUAUCGUCGAUCUCGGUCAAAAGCUUCGGCAUCCGGCUACAAGGCGGCUCGGUCCAUACCGCACGAGCUCGUGGAGUUUGACGCUCGCGAGGAGCCGCUAUCCUCGGUCGAGUCAAAGAGGCAGGACCUCAUAUCCUCGCUCUCAUCCUUCCGUCCCGGUACCCCGGCCGUACCCGCCACCGCUGCCGCGCAUAGACGGACUCUGCAGCCCAAGCCCAUCCGCUCAGCUCCGCCACCCCCUGUCAGCGACGAGGCUGCCGCUGGCAGCUCGACCCUACCCCCUCUUCCCGUCACGGAUCGUGCGCGAUAUCGAGACUCUACCUUUUACAUGCAGGAGGCGCAGCCAAUCGUCGACGGAGAGAAAGAGUACUCUCUAGCAUCAGCUGGAUUCGGAGAGCAAAAUGGUGGCGCCCUUCCGGAUGAUGAUCAACUUCGGCACCGUACCCAGAAAGCCAGUCAGCUUCGUUGGGACCGCAAGCAGAAGAACUUCACUCAGGGAGACGGGAAGGCGGAGCAAGGGAAGAUGAUCAAGACGGAGAGUGGUACGCUUUUGCCUGCUACGUAUAACAGCGGCAAAUACCGGCAGUGGAAGGCAAAGUCGAGACAUGUGGGACCGGAUGUCAAGGAGGGCAAGGGCGAGCGCAAUGUACGAGGCAAGCAGCCAGACGCUGGGAAUCAUGGACUGCUGUCGUCGGCGAUGGUGCACAAGCGAAGGGCUCAGCAGCAAAAGAGACAAAAUCAGAACGUCAAGACUUCCCGGCGAUGA